CUGGUAGAGAGACAUAUGCGCUCUGGUUCUUCAGUACCAGCAGCCGCCAUUGACUCCAUUUGGUUCCUCUGGGCACAUCUGCGCCACUCGCCCGCCACAUACUCCACCGUCAUAAGCCACACCAUAGUGAAGCUCGCAAAGGCUGGUAAAAAUCAAGGUGACCCCAAGAAAAUGGCUCCUCCUCCAAAGAAGGUAGAGGAAGAUAGUGAAGAUGAGGAAAUGUCAGAUGAAGAAGAUGAAAGCAGUGGAGAAGAGAUUAUUAUUCCUCAGAAAAAAAGCAAGAAGACUACCAUAACUCCAGGAAAGAAGGUGAUGGUUUCCCCAACAAAAAAGAUUGCAGUUGCAACACCAGGCAAGAAAGCAGUUGUCACCCCUGGCAAAAAGGCAGUGGUUGUGCCAACCCCUGGCAAAAAGGCAGCAGCUACACCAGCCUAAGCAUUAGCCACACCUGGUAAGAAGGGAGGCACACUAGGCAAAGCAUUGGUAGCAACUCCUGGUAAGAAGGGUGUAGCCAUCCCAGUCAAGGGAGCAAAGAAUGGCAAGAAUGCCAAGAAGGAAGAUAGUGAUGAGGAAGAUGAUGACGACAGUAAAGAGGAGGAAGAUGACGAUGAAGAGGAUGAGGAUGAAGAUAAAGAUGAAAUUCAGCCAGCAGUGAUGAAAGCUACUGCUGCUGCUCCUGCCUCAGAUGAUGAGGAUGAUGACGAAGAUGAGGAUGAAGAUGAGGAUGAGUAUGAUGAAGAAAAAGAUGACUCUGAAGAAGAACCAAUGGAGAUUGCACCAGCCAAAGGCAAGAAAGGUCCUGUAAAAGCUGUUCCUGUGAAGGCUAAGAGCACAGCUGAGGAUGAAGAUGAGGAGGAGAAUGAAGAUGAGGAGGAUGACGAUGAAGAUGAUGAGGACGAUGAAGAUGAUGAAGACGAGGAUGAUGAAGAUGAGGAGGAGAAUGAAGAUGAGGAGGAUGACGAUGAAGAUGAUGAGGACGAUGAAGAUGAUGAAGAUGAGGAUGAUGAGGAAGAGGAGGAGGAAGAGCCUGUCAAAGAAGCACCUGGAAAACGAAAGAAGGAAAUGGCCAAACAGAAAGCUGCUCCUGAGGCCAAGAAACAGAAAGUGGAAGCCACAGAACUGACUACGCUCUUUGUUGGAAACCUGAACUUCAGCAAGUCUGCUCCUGAAUUAAAAAUGGGUAUUAGUAAUGUUUUUGCUAAAAACGAUCUUGCUGUUGUGGAUGUCAGAAUUGGUGUGUCCAGGAAGUUUGGCUAUGUGAAUUUUGAAUCUGCUGAGGACCUGAAAAAAGCCUUAGAACUCACUCAUUUAAAAGUCUUUGGCAAUGAAAUUAAACUAGAAAAACCAAAGGGAAAAGACAGUAAAAAAGAUCAAGAUGCAAGAACACUUUUAGCAAAAAGUCUGCCUUAUAAAGUUACUCAGGAUGAAUUAAAAGAAGUGUUUGAAGAUGCUAUGGAGAUCAGAUUAUUCAGCAAGGAUGGAAAAAGAAAAGGGAUUGCUUAUAUUGAAUUUAAGACAGAAGCUGAUGCAGAGAAAACCUUGGAAGAAAAGCAAGGGACAGAAAUAGAUGGGCGAUCCAUUUCUCUGUACUAUACUGGAGAAAAAAGUCAAAAUCAAGACCAUAGAGGUGGGAAGAACAGCACUUGGAGUGGUGAAUCAAAAACUCUGGUUUUAAGCAACCUUUCCUACAGUGCAACAGAAGAAACUCUUCAGGAAGUAUUUGAAAAGGCAACUUUUAUCAAAGUGUCCCAGAAUCAAAAUGGCAAAUCUAAAGGGUAUGCAUUUAUAGAAUUUGCUUCAUUUGAAGAUGUUAAAGAAGCUUUAAAUUCCAGUAAUAAAAGAAAAAUUGAGGGCAGAGCAAUCAGGCUGGAAUUGCAAGGACCCAGAGGAUUGCCUAAUGCAAGAAGCCAGCCAUCCAAAACUCUAUUUGUCAAAGAUCUGUCGAGGAGACUACGGAAGAGACAUUGAAGGAGUCCAUUUGAUGGCUCUGUCCGGGCAAGGAUAGUCACUGACUGGGAGACGGGCUGUUCCAAAGGGUUUGGUUUUGUAGACUUCAACAGUGAGGAAGAUGCCAAAGGUGCUAAGGAGGCCAUGGAAGAUGGUGAAAUUGAUGGAAACAAAAUUACUUUGGAUUGGGCCAAGCCUAAGGGUGAAGAUGGCUUCGGGGGUCGUGCUGGAGGCAGAGGUGGCUUUGGAGGCAGAGGUGGUGGCAGAGGAGGCCGAAGUGGACUUGGUGGAAGAGGCCAGGGAGGUUUUGAAGGUCAAGGAGGCUUCCAAGGAGGCAGAGGAGGAGGAGGAGACCAUAAGCCACAAGGAAAGAAGAUGAAGUUUGAAUAGUUUCUUCUAUCCCUGUCUUUCCCUCUUCCGUUUGAAAAAGAAAGGACUCUGGUGUUUUUACUCUGUUACCUGAUCAAUGACAGAGCCUUCUAAGGACAUUCCAAGACAGUAUACAGUCCUGUGGUCUACUUGAAAAUCCAUUUAGAUAACAUUUCAAAGGAGAUAGCCUGUUGGUUUUGACUGGAUAUUCAUAUAAACUUUUUA